CACACACCACCAGCACCACCAGCACCACGCUUGAACACUCUCAACCCCGCAAAGCACCCUGAUUUGUCCCCGCAGAUCUUACACGUGCUCCUCUCCUACCACACGCCUUUGUCGCAUGCGCCGUACAACGUAACCGCGGAUCUCCUACAGCCACGAUUACCAAUCCCACCCGCCGCCUUCCCCUCGCACCGCCGCCAUGUCUGUCGAGCUCGACCCCGUAGAGCUUGGUUUCAAGCGUCCCUUCCAGCAAGAGGUGUCGCAGACCCUCCGUCUCAAGAACCCUCACUCCGACCCAGUCGCUUUCAAGGUUAAAACUACCGCUCCCAAGCAAUACUGCGUGCGACCAAACAGUGGACGCAUUGAGCCUGGGCGAGAUGUUGAAGUUCAGAUCCUCCUGCAGGCGAUGAAGGAAGACCCAGCACCAGAUGCCAAGUGCCGCGACAAGUUCCUCGUCCAGUCUGUCCUUGUUACCGCUGACAAGGAGUUUACUAACGUUGGAUCUCUGUGGGCACACAUCGAACAGACCGCGAAGUCGUCCAUUCAAGAGAAGAAGAUUAGAGUUCUCUUCCUUCCCGCCGAUGCCGAUUCCUCCACACCUGCAAGGACCAACGGUGUCAGCCGCGACUCGAUGCUCUCAUCGCCUCAGUCAGAAGCUGCCGUCACCCCCCUGCGUCGCCCCACAGAGCAAGCUCAGGGUCCUGUUUCCCAUUUAGAAGACCGCCCGGCCGGCAGCAAGAACCUCGGAGAGAUCGAGCGCGAGACCUACAACCCCGCUUCUUCCGGCUCUAGUGCUGCUGCUGGCAUUCAGCAGACCGUAGCCGCAGCUGCAGCGAGCGUAUCGAAUGCUAUUCCCACAUCGCAGGCCGAGCUCCAGGCUCAGCUCGAUGCGGCCAAGCAGCAGAUUGCACGGUUGACACAGCAGGCUGAUGCCGGUCUUCGCCAGCGAAAGCCCGAGUCCACACGCGACGCAAAGAACCAGCUUGCGACCGCCACCCAACAACAGACAGCCCCUGCAGGUGGCGUCUCCGUCCAGAUCACAGCACUUCUGUGUCUGGUGAGCUUCCUCAUCGCCUACUUCUUGUUCUAAGCGUUUCUGCAAUACCCGGAGUGGAACACAAAAGCCAUGCCCCUUGCGCCAAUGAUGACCCGGGAUCUUUGACGAAGUAUAGAUUGUGGGGAAUCAGAUGACGUAUGCACGAGCAUAAUGAGCGUUCAGGCGACGUAGACAAGCAAUGCAUGGAUGGUUCGACGGUUUCUCUAUUUCUUGUGUUUGAUUUCUGCUACACUGGAGGACUUUGGGAUUUAAUUGAGUACGGUUAGGGGCGGCAUGGGCAAAGCGUGUGUCGAGUGCUGUCGCACGAGGGGGUUCGAUGUAUCAACACCUACAGAAUCGUGAUUCGCUUAAUUCUGC